CCACGGUACUUCAUGGUUGUCCCGUCAACAGGACACGUGCAUUGUUUGUCCUAAUCUAAUCUGUCCCGGAUUAUUCUCUCGCUGUCCCGGGUUAGCUAGCUAGCAGCAGCGUUGUUAGCAUCGUUAGCACCGUGUCUACCACCUGUAGGCUAACUCAGAUUCAAGCUAGACCCAUCAGACAUGCUAGUUAGCCCGUUAGCCGUGUGAGCGCCCUGCUGCCGGGCUGCUAGCGGGCUAGUAGCCGACGAGCUAACUAGCCAGCGCAACAAUGGACGACCCCGGCAUGAAGAAGCAGAACUGGGACGUGCGGGAGACGGAGCUGUUCCUGGAGACCCUGAAGGAGCUGGACAUGAAGAAGUGCCUGGACGGGAGGAAGGUGCGCAACAACAAGCUCUUCAAGGUGGCGCACCGGCGGAUGACGGCGGCGGGCUACCACCGCUCCGUGGACCAGCUCAAGUUCCGCUGGAAACUUCUCAAAAGUGCGUACUACAAGUGCAAGAGGGCGCCCAACGCCCCGGCCCCCAACAAGAUCCAGGGCUGGUGGCGCUACGAGAAGACGAUGGUCGCCAUCAUGGAGUCAAGACACCCGCUGGUCGGGGCCGGGGUGAACUCUGACCGGAUGGACGAGGGCACCGAGGACUCGGACGGAGAAGCCUCGAUGCCGCCCUGGCCUCGGCCCUGCCCGGGGAACACCGCUCAGAACCUGGAUUUAAUUAUCAAAAUGGACCCCGAGAUGGACUCGCAGCUGAAAAUCGGUUUUAUCGGUGCAGGCAACAUGGCGUACGGCAUAUCAAAGGGCAUCCUGUCUGGAACUGUUCUUCCUGCAAACAUCCAAGUGAGCGCACCGUCCGCCAGGAACCUCGCACGCUUUCAGGAGCUGGGGAUUUCCGUCACUCACUCCAACCUAGAGGUGGUCAGUGGCUCGGAUGUCAUCUUCGUGGCCGUCAAACCUCACCUGGUCCCACUCGUUCUCAGUGAGAUCUCACAACACGUCACCGACAGACACAUAAUCGUGUCUGUGGCAGCAGGAGUGACGCUGGCAACGUUGGAGGAGCUCCUUCCAGAGAAUUCAGUCGCCGUCCGCCUGAUGCCCAACCUGCCAUGCAUGGUUCAGGAAGGAGCUCUGCUGUUUGCUCGAGGAUCUCAUGCAAAGGAGGAGGACGGCGUUCUGCUGCGCUCCUUGUUGCAUCACUGUGGUUUGGUGGAGGAGGGACCUGAGGCCUGGAUCGACAUCCACACUGGUCUGAGUGGGAGUGGGGUCGCCUUCGUUUAUCUGUUCGCUGAAGCUCUGGCAGAAGGAGCUGUGAAGAUGGGGAUGCCCAGUGCUCUGGCCCACAGCAUUGCAUCACAGACCGUUCUGGGUGCCGGGAGGUUGCUACGCGACACCGGGAAGCAUCCAGCUCAGCUGCGCUCUGAGGUCUGCACCCCAGGGGGGACAACCAUUUACGGACUCCACACGCUGGAGCAAGGCGGCUUGAGGGCAACGACCAUGAGCGCCGUGGAGUCGGCCACUGAGAGAGCCAGGGAGCUGGGCAGGAAGUCGGCGGCAGGAAGCAGGAAAUGACGUUUGCCUUUUUAAAUACCUGCUCAUCAGACUUAAAGGAAACCAGGAUGACUCGUCGUGGAACAUGGAGACAAAACUGGACGGGACCUUUUUAUUUCUAUCUCCCUUAUUUCCCCCGAAACAAGUGCAUUUCAAUCUUCUCCUCUAUACCUUGCUUCUCUCACUGGAAGGACUGGAAGGUGAAUAUUGGCUCGACCUCAAUACCGACACUGACAAGUAAAUUAUAUUAACGUGACCCUGAGAUCUACACUUUCUGAGAGAAUCAUUACUUUUUACAUGCACACCAAUAAUCAAUGUUGUGGAUUCAGUCAGGGACCCAAAUUAGACUUUGCUCAUAGUGGUGGAUUCUUUCACCACAAUAAGGUGCAGUGUUGUGGCUUGUUAGGGUCGUGUUCAAAACACUGACUUGUCUAAAACUGUGAAGCAUUUAUCAGUCCAAAAUCUAGUUGUGUAAAAUACACAUAUCCAGAAUUGCCUUACUGGCCAUGAUUGAGUUAUGUGCAUGUAAUGUAAUGUGUAGCAUAGAAAGGUUCAUGAACGUAUAUUUAAUAUUGAAAUGUGUUAUUUAAUAAUAGGCCACAUUCAGCACUUGUUGUGCGACACAAUUUGUAGGAAAAUAUUAAUGGACAAUGCCAAGUGUUUGGAGUUGAAUUCAUAAAGUGUCAUGUGAACAGGA